AUGGAGUCAAAACAGAUACCAUUUGCCUAUUCAUUUAAUGUUGAAACACCAAGUCAACUUAUUGAUAUUAUGACUGAUCAAGGAGUAUAUUUACCAAUGGAUGUUAGUCUCAAUCAAAUGGCAAAUAUACGUUUUAUAAUUUUGACACAUCGUUUACGUCAAAUACCAUUUGAUAUAAUAAAAAUUAAUGAUUUUUGGUUUAUAGAAAAAGUUUUUCAUCAUGAUUUAAAUGAUUAUUUGAAGCAAGGAGAUCGUCUUCUUAUCAUAAAUAAAACAAUGAUUUCUGAUCAAUUACAAGAAAUAGAUAUUUUCAAAUUAAUACUUUAUUCAUCAAUUCCAUUCAUUAUAUGGGUUACUUGGGAUAUAGAUACAUUUUUAAAAUAUCAAACUAUAUAUCGACAAUAUGAAAAUGAAGGUGCUUAUCUUAAUGCAAAAACUUAUUUACUUCAAACACAUCAUUAUAAUGAUAUUAGCUUAUAUGAUCAUCUUGCAUUUAUUAUUACUAAUGUUAUUCAAAAUCCACAGAAUAAUAUGAAUGAUCUCUUAGAAAAACUAAAUCAAUAUGUACCAUAUUCAAUCUUACGUCCAACAGAGGAUAAUACGAAAUUGGCAAUGACGAAAAUUCAUGCUCGAUUACUUGAAGGAAAACAACGAGAUUUACUUAAAUCUAAAGAUUAUAUGAUUAAAGCUGUUCCUUAUCUAAUGGAAAUGGCUUAUUACUGUUCAAAUGCUGGUUAUGGUAUUCAUACUACAGAGAUUAUAUUAAUUUGGUCAGCUAUGAAACGUUUAAAUAAUGAAAUUAAUUGUAUAGAAAUGAAAUUUUGGGGAAAAAUAUUUGGACUUUAUUGUGAUUAUUAUAUUAUUCAAAUUCAACAUGAAAAAGAAAUUCCAUUUAAUGAAAUUGAUAUUAGUAAUAAUCAAUCAGGAAAUCGAAAAUAUUUAUCAAUAUCGAAAUAUUCAAAUCAUCGAAUAGAAACAAAAUUAAAUCAAGAACAAGAAGAAUUAUCAUUCGAAAUUCCAAGUGAACCACAUGGAAUUGGUACUAAUCAAUAUACUUAUUUUGUAACAAAUUCACCUGGACUUUCAUGGAUAAAAUUACCUGAUGUUAAACCAAUUAUGAUUGAUUAUGCAAGAAAAAUUCGAUAUUUAUUUACUGGUUGUCUUUCAUCAAAAAUUAAUGGAUUUCCACCAUAUCCUGGUUUAGAAAAAGAUUAUCUACGAGCACAAAUUGCACGUAUUACAGCAACAACACAUAUAUCACCAGCUGGUUAUUAUAUUCUAACAGAUAAUGGAGAAGAAGAAGAAGAAAUGAGUUUUAAUAAUGAACGAAAAGACCCAAAUAUUAUACUCAAUCCUGAAUACAAUAAUGAUCCGACAAAUAUAAUUACAACUGAAUUAUUAGCUGAUACAAAUUUACAAGAAUGGGUACAUACUCUACCAGAAAUAUUAGCACAAGGACGUACACAUUUUUGGCGUCCACCAACAAAUUUAAGUCAACGAGAAGAAGAAGAAGAAGAAGAUAAAGAAACAUUAGAUAGGAAUAGUAUUGAAAUACCUGCACCACUUUUACAACCUAUUGGUGAUGAUAAAUUUUUACAUACGAAUCAAACUCCAUGGUCAAUCGGUUUAACAAUGUCUAUAAUGCGUGAAUAUAGUUUGUGUUAUGUAAGAUCAAAUGCUUGGCCAGGUGCUUUUACUCUUGGUCAUGCUCGAAAUUAUUUUAAUUUAUAUGUUGGUUGGGGACAAAAAUAUGAACAAUUCAAUCCAUCUCAACCUUCUCUACCUGAAAUUGAAUUAAAAAAACAAUUCAUAGAACAAAAUGAUCCAACUGUAGAACUUGAAAAAGCAAUGGAAGAAGUUCAACAUGAAGCUGCUUCAGAUUUAAUGUCUGAAGAAUAUGCUACUGAAGAAGAAGAUGAUGAAGAAAUAUUUACCGAUGAAGAAUAUUAG